AGAUAUGCUGAUUUUCCACAACUUCCAUAAACACAUCGCCAUCAACCGCUUUAAAGGGUGUAUUUAAGUAGUUUUAGUCAUAUUCCAUUAUAUAUUCGCUAAGACGAUCUGUAAUCGGUGAUCACUCAAUAGAGGAAAGGCGAUAGCCUUUCAUAAAUGCGAAUACUAAGGAAACGGGAAUCACCAAAUUGAAUUUUAGACACAAAGCAUAUUUAUAAGAAUCUAUUCAAUUUAUCGCAACGGUUGAAAGGACCUAUGUGAGCUAUUAUUCGCACGAUACACCCCUCAAGUGUCUUACGUCAGUGCCGUAGUACUUAGAUACACAAGCAAAAUGAUGAGACAAACACCGCUCAUAAAUAGGCCUGAAAUGGCCGAUAUGAUGGAAUUAGGCCAAGGUGUGAAGAAAGUUGAAUGGAUAACUGAUUCAAGGUCACCUCUAUCUGGUACAUUUAUUGUAUACCUUGAAGAUCAUACAUUUGGGACACUAAUAAGAUCACGACUCAGUAAAGACGAACGUGUUGCCUUCGUCGGAUACCGUAUGCCACACCCACUUGAAAACAAAUUGGAAAUUAGACUUAGAUGUAAAGUUGAUAGCCCCUUUACAGUGAUGUUGAAUGCAAUCUCAAGUGUACGUUUGAACAUAGGUCACCUGAAAAAGGUAUACUUGUCAACGCUUAGAGAAAAGGGAGCUAGGCUGUAGAAGGAAUAUUGCCGAGCUAGCUCUGUGAUUCCACGGCUGAACGUAUAUAAUACAUCAGCGACAAGCCUCACGGGAUAUACCACAUAUGUGUAUUCAACACACAGUUAACACACUAUAUCGCUAAUUUUUAAUACAAACCGUGUC